GGCGGCUUUACUCCGGAUCCAUUUCCCUGUUCCGACCUUCUACCCGUUCCCCAGUCCAAUUCAUUAUUCUUAUCUUUAACUCUGGAGGCCAUCUCACUUUCUUAUCAGUCUUCGAGACUGUUCCUUGCAUCAAUAUGGCGUCCUCGGUUCUCCCAGUCGCCUUACAGAAUAAGUUGUUGGGAUACAGCCGAGCUCCAAAUGCGCAGUUGGCGGCAUUAAACUUGGAUCUUCUCAGGAACAUUGUAUUCUUCCUCUUUAUUUUUCGCUACGUUCGCAAAACGUUUUAUUCUCUGCGGGGUUAUGGUAUCUUUGGUAGCAUUCGCAAUAUCUACGCCGCAAUCCGUCUCUUCUGUUACUCCAUAUUCCUGCGUUUCCCCGGUGUCCGUGGCCAGGUGAACAAGCAAGUUUCAUCGGCGAUUGAGAACCUCGAGACAAAACUUAUCGCAAGCGGUCCUGACGUCACGAGGUAUCUGAAUCUGCCCAAGGAAGGAUGGACUCCCGAACAGAUCCGUACCGAGCUUGAAAAGCUGGCAAAUCUGGAGCAUACCCGUUGGGAGGAUGGCCGCGUCAGUGGCGCUGUGUAUCAUGGUGGACAGGAUCUUCUGAAGCUCCAGGCUGAAGCGUUUGGGCAGUUUGGCGUCGCCAACCCCAUCCACCCGGAUGUCUUCCCCGGUGUCCGGAAGAUGGAAGCUGAAGUUGUUGCUAUGGUACUCGCUUUGUUCAACGCCCCAUCCGAUGGCGCUGGUGUUACUACGAGCGGCGGUACCGAGUCUAUCCUGAUGGCCUGUCUGGGCGCGCGACAAAAGGCCUAUGCUGAACGAGGGGUGACAGAGCCUGAAAUGAUCAUUCCUGAUACCGCUCAUGCCGCCUUCUACAAGGCCUGCAACUACUUCGGAAUCAAGCUGCAUCGGGUGCCUUGCCCGGCUCCAGACUACAAGGUCGAUAUCCCCUCCGUGCGUCGUUUGAUCAACCCAAAUACUGUCCUUCUUGUUGGUUCGGCGCCAAACUUCCCUCAUGGUAUUGUUGAUGAUAUUCCUGCUUUGUCUCGUCUUGCUACAGCUUAUAAAAUUCCCCUCCAUGUCGAUUGCUGUUUGGGCUCCUUUGUGAUCGCAUUCCUUAAGAAGGCGGGCUUCCCAUCUCCAUAUGAAGAGGAGGGCGGAUUUGACUUCCGCCUCCCUGGCGUGACUAGCAUCAGUGUGGAUACGCACAAAUACGGAUUCGCGCCCAAAGGCAACUCCGUGGUGCUGUACCGGAACCGAAAUUACCGCAGCUAUCAGUAUUUUGUCUAUCCUGAUUGGUCCGGUGGUGUUUAUGCAUCUCCGUCCGUGGCCGGAUCUCGUCCUGGUGCUCUGAUCGCGGGCUGCUGGGCCAGUCUGAUGAGUGUUGGAGAGUCUGGUUACAUCAAGAGCUGCCUUGAGAUUGUUGGUGCAGCAAAGAAGUUCGAGGCGUCGAUUAGGGAUCACCCGCUCUUAUCGAAGAACCUUGUUGUUGUUGGAAAGCCUAUGAUCAGUGUUGUUGCUUUCCAGAGCAAAAAUGGUGCCGUUGAUAUCUACGAUAUGUCCGACGCUUUGUCGGCGAAGGGUUGGCACCUCAAUGCUCUUCAAUCGCCCGCAGCGAUUCACGUAGCGUUUACUGUUCCUACAUCAGCUGCAAUCGAUCAGCUCACUGCAGACCUCAUUGAGGUUGUCGAGAAGGAACUGGACAAGGCCGAGGAAAGAAAACGCCAGGGAAAGUCAUAUAUCAUCAAGCGUGGUGACACGGCAGCACUGUAUGGCGUAGCCGGCAGUAUGCCGGAUAAAAGUAUCGUCAGUCGUCUGGCAGAAGGUUUCCUUGAUACUCUGUACAAAGCCUAGAUGGUUUAUAUUGAUUGCCAGAAUACAUUGUUAAUAUUCCUUGGGUGUGAAAAGUCCUUUUAUGACCUGGACAAAACGUGUCUUCCUGCAACGUACUUGGGACAACGGCGUUGCUGGCGUUACAUUCAGCCUCACCUUUGCUAACGUAAAUAAGAACGGCAGUUUAUCU